AUGCCUGGACUAGGACAGCGUCGCAAGAUCCAGCUUCCGGACGUCCAGGCUGCACCACUACCACCGUCGUCGCCUAUGCUGGACUCUCAUGGAUAUGUACUAUCGGAGGCUAUUCCUCUGAAGAGUCACUCUGCCCAUGGGCGAGGAUCUGAUAGAAAAAGCGGCAAAUUGGGGAGCAAGGCUGAAAGUGUAACCCAGAAAGCCUUGAAUCUCACUUGUUCGAGUGCUUACGAAGUUCUCAUGGAGCGGGAAGAGGAAGAAAUCCAAGUUCACGAAGACUAUGACUUUAUUGAGCAAAUCGGGCGAGGGUCUUCCAGUACAGUAUGGCGUGCCGUUAGCCGUGCGCCGGGUCCUACCACUACUGUCGCCAUUAAGGAGUACAUGCGGAGUGGCGAAGGCGAAAUGGAGUGUUUUGCUGAGCGUGAGUUCGACAUGCUACGAACACUACAUCAUCGUAAUAUUGUACGGCCGGUGAACCUCUACUUGGGUGAGAAGAUCUAUCUCGCUCUCGAAUAUGUGCCUGGGAAAACUCUAGAGGAGAUACCGGGUCCAUAUUCUGAAGCGGCGUGUCGCAAUGUGUUGAGGCAGCUCUUGAACGCUUUGUUUUACCUACAUAGUAGUAAACAUAUUUGUCAUCGAGAUGUGAAGCCAUCGAACAUAGUCGCGGUGGAGCCCAGCAGGCUGGAAAUGUCUCUCAUUGUACUUAUAGAUUUCAACAUCGCCAGUCAAUUCCAAUCCACACCGAUUGGGUUUUCCGACCAGCCUUGUAUUCGUGGUGAGGAGGGUUCGGCAGUGUCUAGCGCUACUUCUACUAGCGGAAUGAUAACGCCGACUGGCACUUGUGGUUACAUGGCACCUGAGGUCUUCGCCGGUGGCAAUGGCGAGGCUCUUCAUGAGGACGGUCAGAAUGAGCAGUCUCCUUUGACUCGGUACUUGUCGAGGCACCAAGGUGUAUCCUCUGGGUCGUCCUACAACGAGAAGGUCGACGUUUGGUCGGCUGGACAGGUUUUGAAGCAUAUGCUACAAGACGGUGAAGGGAGGAUGGCAAGUAAUGUCUCCCCGGGUGGUGUUGAGCUCAUGGAGGCCAUGACUGCGUCCGAUUCAGUGAGUCGGCCAUCGGUCCAGCAGUGCCUGGUCCACUCUUGGCUGGUAGAAACCACAGAGUAUGAGGAUGCUAUGAACGCUGUUCGACGGUCACGACGUGAGCAUAAGAGUAAAACUACUACAGCACAGUUUGCUUUGAACAAGACGGCGGCAUUGUUGGAGGAGCGUAGAGCGGCGAGGGCCGCUUGUCGAAUGCAGGCAAUUCUAACUGCCGCUGUGUGCGUUACUCUCAUAGCCUUCGUUUUCCCAUCGGCCGUGUACUGGCUUUUGGAAAUUGUGAUGAAAAUCGUACUGAGGCGGAGUCUAAGUGACUUGUCAUUAAAGCGGCCAUCGGGAGGCGGAGCGGAGGUGGAGAUCAGCACUGCGGAUGAGAAUACGAGGAUCUGGGCCAAGGUCGGCCCGCUUAGUAUCAGUUUUUGGCACUUCGGUUUGGUCAUUCCCUCGAUUGACGUCAAUGUGGACAUUCUCGAGAUUGCCAACAAGGACGGUAAAAGUCCACGAAGAGAGGGAGCAGGGCCGGCGAAUUCUGGCAAGAGUUCCUGGUGGAAGGAGCUCCUUUACAAGAGCUGUUUCAUCAAUAUCGGCAUAGUUAAGGUGAAGUUCACAUUGCCAGGUCAUCAUUUGGGCGUAGACCUCAGCCGAGUGCGGUAUUGGGUUGUUAUAGAGAAGCUAUAUCUCGCCAAGGCCGGCCCCGUGUCUCAACUGAAAUGGAGGUUGAUUCAACUGGACGGUCAGUCUAGUAUAGAGCCCAACCGAUGGGAGGUCCUACGGCUCCCCGAUUGCUCAGUGAAUCUCAACUAUAGUGGGCCAACGCCGGAGGUUCAGAUUGUCGCCGAGGCCCUCCGCGUGGAAAUACCAGUUCUGCUGUACCGGGAAACCCUAUUGGUUUUCGGCCAUCUCAUGUUGAAGCCCGAUCCCGAAGUCUCUGGUGAUGAUCCCGAGAAGGAUGUUAUAGACCCUAGCAUGCCAGCGGUGAACUGUGGCUUCGCUUUGGGCUCCUUGGUCGUGAGCGUGUCGGACCUCGCCGUUGGUCGCUGUGAACUGCUGGGGGAGAGACUCACAGGUGUGCUGCAUUCAGAGGGUAGUUGGCCCGAUUAUGAUAUCAAAAUACCCUCCUUGAGGCUGGACGAUAUCGACUUGGAAGGUGUGCGGAAAACAGCACUCAGGCUGGACCCGGCCGCCGAAGAGCAUUAUGUUGAAGUGCAUGGGCGUGGUAUUUACAUUGACGUGGAUAUGGACCGGCUGUGGGGCCUUAUUGGUCCGGAGAGUUUCGUGGCUUGGUUCAAGGCGAUCGACCAUAUGACUGACGUCUUCAAGUCCAUCAGAAAGCCGUGGAAAAUCGUACGCCGCAACGAGUUGGUGAAGCAGUACUAUGCAUGGGAACUCUGCCGUAGAGCCCCGACCAAGGAGGCAGUACCGUACCGGUAUGUUCCGGACCCAAUAAGGGUGCGCUUGCGUGCACGGUCGGUGGAAAUUCAAAUUGAAGCUGGUCAGCGUCUCGUGGCAGAGAACGGCUUCCUCAUGUUCGACGACCAACUGUGGAAGUUCGUCGUACAUGUGGACAACGCCGUCCUGUACGGGCUUGAUAAUGUUGAUCAAAAGCUCAUCACGGCUAAGGGGAUCGACGUUUGGGUGCCUCUAUCUGUGUUUCCUCAGCUGUCGAGGCCCUUGGGGCCCUUCCCUGUCGUGCCAGAUUUUGUCAAGAACGCCUCUGCCCAGUGGCCAGAGCGUGGGGCCCUACCUAUAGCGGUUCUGUUCAGCGAUGUUGUCACUAAAUUUGAUGACGCUCUCUUCGGGUGCAUCAACUAUCUCAUUGAAGCUGCUGUACAUGAUAUUGAUAGAUUCCCUGAGGUCGUGGAUACGGGCACUCGAGUGUUCUUGGACCCGCCUCAGUUCAAGUCGAUGCUCUUUGUGGGCACAAACGUGGUUGCUGAUUUUCCUAUCCCUGGUAUCCCUCCACUCAAGAUGGGCAGUUUGGAGUUAGCCAUGGGCCCCACCAAGGACAGCAUGCACGUUGCGGUGUGUCGGGCUUCUAUUGCUGGGUGUCUGUACAUGCGGAAUGACAUCCACGUGAAAGUGUCGUGUCAUAGGAGUGACCUCAACGACCCCUUGGAUGACAUAAAGGUCAACAGAGACUGGUGCCGGCCAGCGCCCCGAUACGAAGGGGAGCCUCCUAGGGUCCUUCGAACCCUCCGUUUGUGGGUAACCCAUUUGCCUGAGUGGGUCCGUAAGUCUAAGGACCGCAAUAGGAAGCUGGCUUUGACGGCUGAAUGCAGCGUGAGGGAAGCGGCGCUAUUAGCUGCUGGUGCGGUAGAGGCCUUUCACGCCUUUGACCGUGAAUUCACGAGUACUGGUCCACCUAAAGGGCCGCUGAAGGACUUGGCUGUGGACCUCUGUGGGGCUAUGAGGUUUCUAUUGGGCAAUCCGUCAACGGGUCGAAAGCGACGAUUCAGUUUCGAUGAUGAUGAUGUUCACGAGGCCGAGCCUUUGGAGAAAUCGGGUAUUUGCCUCUCCUCAGAGGCGAUACAUUUUACCUAUUUGGAGGACACUAAGGAGAUGGAGUGCACCCUUACGGCAGUGAUUGUCCAGAUGCUUCCUAAAGUCAUCACGGCCUGUCUACCAGAAGCUCACUUUGCUUUGCUGGAUCAAGGCACGCGGGCUGUUGUGGUAUUGGGCACGGAAUCGGUCAGCCCGGAGAUUGCAGCCUUUGAGAACGCCUUGUCGGUUUCAUGUCGUCUUGGGGAGCUGCAGCAUCUUCUGGAGGACUUGUUGGUUGAGUACGAGUUAGCAUCAGCGCUGGGGUUACAUCCGCCCUCGCCCAAGAGAGCCUCUCGGAGUGGUAGUGAUGGCACUAUGCCGGUGUUGACGCCGUUGGAGGAGCCCGAUCCAGGGCCCAUACCGGAGCCCUUGAGGAUGGUACUCUCGGUCGAGUUCCUCUCUGGGAUGUGCUUCACUUGGGCAGUCCGUGGGCUAGAGCCGCUACAGCUCCUUACGGCUGACCCCAUCUCGGCUCGCUUGGUCUUCAACACCCACGGUGCUACGGGGUCACCAGCCUUGGUCUUGCCAGCUCUUGGUCCCACGCAAGAUCCUAUCCUGGCCCAUUGGCUCACAGAGCCUUGGUGUCUCGAGCAAGGAGCCUCGUCUAGCAGCACUUCUAGUAAGGGUAGCGAGGCUCACUCGUGGGAUAUCGACUCGGUCCUGAUCGGCAAACUAAAUGCCUUUAUGAAAGGGCUCAAGUAUUUGAAGGACCUCAAGCCCGGCCUCAUCGAGAAUGCUGCGGUGUACUCUAUGGGUGAGGGCAUUCUGGACAAGCCCGUGUACGCCCAGUUUGAUGCUGCAUUCACCAACCCUACUAUGAGAUGGGGAGCUGGUUCUUCAAUUUCUCAUGUGAACUCGGUUCAACUCCGCUUGUUGGUGCACAAUCUGCCGAGCUCCCCUGAUGCCAUUCGGGAUACUGUGGACCCUCCGGUGUGCAUCUCUUGGUCGGCCGAGUUUCGGGAUUCAGCAUCAACAGGAAACCAACGGCUCAGCCUGUGUGUCGUGCCCGAAUUCCACAUCCCUAUGGUGCUCCAGCUUAUCGGUUCGCCGGCUGACUUCUAUCAGAUCAAUGGCCAGAACGUUCGGGUGUCGCUGAACCAGUCGGGGAAGAAGAAGAAGCGUUCUCUCUCUCGUACGAUGCAUCGACGUUUGAGAACGACUAGUGUCACCGGCGUGUCACCAAGUGCCAUUUUCGGCAACCUCAGGGUGGCCUUCAACAUUUUACUAUCGGAGAUCACCUGCAAGUGCGGUGCUUGGCGCUGUGGUGCCUCAGAGAUCAGUCUUGCUACUGAUUCCUCAUGUGCCACAGGAAGCAUUGUUGGCUCUAUCCGUAAUGGAGUUAUCGGCUUUGAAGUGGUCCGACCUCAUCGCCUUACACCGGCUUUUGAACGACACUGCGCCUUUUGUACGCCUCGGGACAACCCCUACCCUCUGCGUAACGUCGCACCCUUUGUUGAGAUAGAGGAUAUCACUUUGACGUUGCACUCGAAUCUGGUCCCGACCUUCGGGGCGGGUCGAUGCCGAGUCUCGGAUGAUCCUCACGAAGUCGCCUUGCUCUACUUGGGUGUUCAUGGUACCCGCAUAUCCUGGUCGCCGGUCAUACAACGUUGUAUGCGAAUGACCCUUCUGAAUGUGGAUCAGUUCUUUACUAUGAUGAACAGGUGGAGGGCGCGCUUUGUCGAAGGCCUCAAGUAUCAUGAUAAGAUGCGUCUAGCCGAGGCUUUGGCUCGUCGUCCUGAGGCUGCGCUAAGUCGGGACGAGGGUACUGGUGACGGCCAAGAUGAAGAUGAUGUGGAAGAAGAGCCCCUGCAUGUCCGCAUUGAGAAGGCCUGGAGCGCAGUGAUGCUCGUUGGUCGAAGUGCUUCAGCGGUCCUCAGAGUCAGCGAUGUUCAGCUUAACUGUCAUUACGCUGCGGCUGCUGAUGGCAAGGCGGCGACGAUUGAGCACGAGGACACCUCUACUCUAUCCACAACACCGAGUACCCCGUGUGGUGAGGAGUUCAAGUGUGGUUGUGGACUGUUGGCUGGUCAUGCUGUUUAUGAGGAAGACUAUCGCCCUGGAGAGGGCUGGACUUGGUGGAUUCGGCAACAUACGGAUGAUACUCCCUUGCCACCUCUACCACCAUUCAACCUCUCGGUGGCGGCUGCUAGUAUCGAGGAGAUUCGUCUUGGUGCAUAUCCUUGGAAGCAAAUUGCGAAGGCUAUCAUAACUAACGAUGAGCUUGGCUUUGACGACGACUUGGACAUCAACGAGAGAGAAGAUGACUCUAUUGCUGGCAAGCUCCCUAAUGGGGCUCAGCUGGUGCUUUGUAUUGGUGAGGCUAUUGCCGAGGUCCGUGCUCAUCGUACCAGUACUACCGUGGUCGACAGCAAUAGCAAUCUUAGGGUUACGUUGGCGCUUACUCUGGAUGGUCUACGUGGUCUUGUGGGUUCUACUAAGCCGUAUGGUGUUGCUUGGAGUGGCUCGUAUGGUGACACUCUUACGUCUGUCACGGAGUUGUCUAAGUUUACCCUGCGUGGUACGGCAGACAUCCUGCCUGUUGGCGACUCCAGUGUGCAAGCUUAUGUUGAUCGGAUAUUCUUAGCGGCUGAUGAUCUCUCCUUCCACCAGGUUGUUUCGGUCAUCACGGAAUGUUUGCUAUACCGUCCUGGUACUCAUGAAGAUGAUGACGCUGACACUGGUGACGAUGAGCUUAUCUCUCGCAGUGUCCCGCCGUCGAAUGAGCCUUCUGAUGCGCCAGUGACACUCACUGAGCGAAUAUCGCCUGGCGAGCUGAAAAGGCUCCGGUCGGAGAUCUCAGAUGUGGUAUCAGAGGACUUUGGUGAUGGUUCUCCAUCGGGGUCCAAGUUGGUGAUCGAGUAUUCCGUUGGUGAGCUCACAAUGAAUCUUGCUCACGCCGAUAGUGUAUUCUUGAAGCUCAAGUUGGACGAGGCUGCAGGCACUCACGUAUUCGCUCACUCUGAUCCGGGUCAUCCUAUGAUGUUCUCGUUCGAGCUCCGAGACAUCACUGUGACUGGAAAUGAGGGUAUGCAGAUCAUCCGAGGGGCUCAUUCGAGAGGCACUAGUCUGCUGCAGUUCCGAGGGCAGGAUCGGAUCAUGCAGCACAAUGGUCAGAGAUGGCACAUAUACGAUGCGGUUACAGUAAAUUUGGCGCCUAUUGUGGUCAAUUCAACUCAACAGAUGUUUGAGGAGGUCUAUGCCUUCAUUUUUUUGGACCCAACUGGAGAGGACAUGUCCUUGUCCGAUCGAUUCAAGACCAAAGAAGACAGCAAAAAUGAUAAACCGGCAGAGCUCAUUUUCUUCAAGUACAUUAGAUUCGGUGACAUCAACGCUCUGUUCUCAUAUAAGAGUAAGAGGAUGACUCUCAAGGACGUGUCUCUGAAGGUUCGUCACUAUGUCCGGAAGAGGAGGCUGUGGACUUGGCGAGAUUGUCUCGAUGAAUGGGGCAGUGCCUCACUAAGUCAUCAAAGUGAUAGCGAAGUCCAGUGUAAGUUACUGGCCGAGGAGCACUUGGCCCAGUCCAGUAUUGUCUCGAACAGCAGUAACCCGCCCGAGGAAGACAACAGCGAUGUUCGAUAUAGGGCGCGUUGUCAGCUCUUCCUCAAGCUCGCAUUAGCCUUAGUAGCGACCAUGAUCACUAUGAUAUACUUUCUUUGGGGCCCCCCAAUAUGCCAUCUCGGAUCGAAUCGUCAACUCGACAGGACCCUAGCGGCCUCACCGACGUGCAGCCAUCUGAUAUGGGAUACGUAUCAUCCACUUGCCGCCCAGUCAGGCGCAAUGAGAAUCCUCACGAAGCAUCCCGACCUCAAUCGCGCAUUUGAUGCAUCUCUCACGGGGAUCGACUCUGAUGCCCGCGAAAGCUCGUUCGUUGCAUCGGUCGAAGCGACGGAGCUACCACCCAGGAUGCCAAUCCGACGCGUGGCUCAGCACGGAUUCGUCGGAGUUGAGCGUCAACAGUACUUCCAGGACACAUUUACUUACCUCUUCAAGGUUCGCAGCUUCCGAAUCCAUCUUGGGAAUCGCAAGCUGCCAGCUCCCCGAGACCUCAUCAGACGGUCGGGCGUCGAUUUCUUCGAGGUUGUCCUAUGCAAAGUCCGUCUUGGUCAGACUGAGAUUCGGGUCGCAUCCUCGGGGGAAGCGGGAUCUUGUGCGGCAAGCCCUUUCGAUGGACGGCCACCGCCAGCUCUCCUGCAAGGACUUCCUUGUGACAUUUGCGAGACCAACUGUUCCACAUUAUGGUGCGUGAAUGAUGAAGCGAGGCUCUGUAAAGAGUGUGACUACCGCCUUCAUGAAGUGGGGAAGCUUGGUGAGGAGUUAUUGAGACACAUGAGAGAGUCUAGUAUGAUCAUUCGGCAGCGCCACGUGCGAGUCCCAAUCAAUGAGAGACCUGGCACGGACACAGGAGUGUGCCAUCUCGCCCCCCUUCGAGACGGGGUGGAGGAACUCCCCGCGGCUUGGUGGGACAGGAAGCUCGAGAUCCCGGUCAGUAACAUUGCGAAGGAAGAGCAAUAUCCCAUCAAUCUCGAUCAAGCUCGCUUACAACCGCUCGUCGCGGCCUACCAAGAGGCAGUUUCAAUAGACUCGAACAAAAGUGAACCUCGUUUGGAUACCAAGUUUGGACUUCCAUUCAUGGGACCAAGACAGUGCACUAACGUCCAUCUCAGGGAAUUCCUUCUAUCUCUGCUGCAUGAGAUAGACAGUCUAGCAUCCCAGCUUGAAAGGGAAAGCGGCGUUUCUGUUGACACACGAUUACGGACGGUUCAUAGCCAUGCGAUGCAAAAGCUGACAUUCCAUUGUGAAAAGGUCAUGACGGAUCUUCUAACCGCGGAGGAGACCGCCCAGAAUCAUCUCAACAUCUUGAAAUGGGCUAGGGAGCUUGUAGCCCCGCAACAGGAGCUCAUGACUCCCAAGGUCUGGCUCGAGCUGUGGGUGGAGCACUACCGGCUCCUCAAGGACCUGGCGGAGUCGAUAAACGCUGACGUUUCAUCACAAGAGAAGAUUGCUGAACCUUCUCAUAUCGUUGAGAAGUGCUCCAUGAAGGUUGAACUAUCGAUGAGCAAUGAGCCGACAAUGGCUUCCUCUCGCACAUACUAUUCAGCUCAUUGA